CCGCAAUCUAAUCGUAUUUUUUUUGCUUCAGCCUGUUACAAGGUUUGAAAUUCAUACUAAUUUUGUUUGCAUGUCUUUGGUUGGGGGCAUGCAGUGAUUACUGUUUCGUUUCAGUGAUUGGUUCCUGUUGCGCAGCAAAAACAUCGAAUUUUGCCUCGGAGCGAUCGGACCCGUGAUCCUUAAUACACCUAUUGACCCUCACGCCACCUCUCUUGCAUCCUUUUUGUCGCGUUGCCUGAUACAUCGACUCGUGAAGCACCCGAUUCUGCUAUAUUACCCCUCGCUACCGUACCACCGUUUUGCUGUCCUACGAUCGCAUACUGCAUUAGUGUCGACUUCUUUGGGCUCUUACCCCCUAAUCGAUGAUGCCUGGAAGAGUUCUGCCAACGUUUACGCGCGCCGAGGUUGAGGCUCGGAAUAGUGCCAGCUGUUGUUAUGUGACUCUGGGCUCCAAGGUCUACGACUUGACCUCGUUUGUCGGUGAUCAUCCCGGAGGUGGCGAUUUGAUUCUCGACUACGCCGGCAAAGAUGUGAAAGAAAUCAUGCGCGAUGAGAUUUCUCACGAACACUCGGAAGCAGCCUACGAAAUCCUAGACGAUAGUCUCGUCGGUUUCAUUUCUUCCGAAUCUACCUCGAAAAAUGCUGGCACCGAUACUGCGACAACGACCGGAGCGGAAACUUCAAACGGCCAGCCGGUGUAUGCCACUACCGGUAUGUCUCGCGAGGAAGAUUUGUCCGUCGACACCGAUCCCCAAAAGGAUUACCAAACGCACAAGUUUUUGGAUCUCAACAAGCCACUGCUCAUGCAGCUUUGGAACAGCGGCUUUAGCAAAGACUUCUACUUGGAGCAGAUCCAUCGUCCUCGUCACUACAGGGGCGGAGAAUCAGCACCACUCUUCGGCAACUUUUUGGAGCCCCUGAGCAAGACAGCAUGGUAUGUUGUCCCGAUGGUGUGGCUACCUCCGGUGACCUAUGGGUCUUUGAUUGGGUUUGCUGGACUGGGGAAUCCGGUUGCCGCGGCGGGUUAUUGGAUUGGCGGUGUCUGCCUCUGGUCCUUGAUUGAAUAUCUCAUGCAUAGGUUCUUAUUCCACAUUGACGGGGUCCUUCCCGACAACCGAGUGGGUAUCACGCUGCAUUUCCUCCUUCACGGAAUUCAUCACUACCUGCCAAUGGACAAAUACCGACUUGUCAUGCCACCUACUCUGUUCGUCGUUCUGGCUGCACCAUUCUGGAAACUGGCUCAUACCGUCUUCUUCUACAACUGGUAUGCUGCUCUGAUGGUGUACUGUGGCGGCGUCUUCGGGUACAUAUGCUAUGAUCUGACCCACUACUUCCUACAUCACCGAAACCUCCCAUCCUACUACAAGCAGCUGAAGAAAUACCACCUUCAGCACCAUUUCGCCGACUUCGAGAAUGGAUUUGGUGUGACCAGCCGCUUUUGGGACAAGGUUUUCGGCACUGAGCUCGAGACCCCGGCACCCAAGGAUGUGAAGACCCAGUAAAGCAACCCACAAUCCCGCAACGCAUUUAUAAUCCUCGCAUUGAGCGAAUGUUCGAUUCUUCGCCCGUACACACUUAUUCUUACAAUGAGGUAAGACUAGGCUACUUAUAUGGCCUGGUCUUCAAUCUUCGCUCUUUGGGUGAAAAGGGUUGAACUCAUCUUUUAUAAUUCUGCUAUAUCUUUUCUUCAUGUACAGUGAAUCCUGUCUCGGUUGUCAUGGGCAGUAUUGGCGAUUUUGAUGCCACACGGCAUACGUGAUCAUGACUUCGUUGGCCAGGUUGUUUUUUUAUUAAGGAACUAUCCCUAUGAGUGUAUAUGACUACUUAAUACAUAAUGAUUGCAGCUUCGGCUGCCUGCUCAAUGAUUCCUUCAUCUUGUUUUAUAAAUGAUAUCUUCAGAU